UUUUCCACCAUUUUCUCUCUUCUUUUUUCCUGUCCUCUUUCACCAUGGCAAAACAAAGGGAGAGAAAUGGAUCGCCGUCUGUGCCUCAAUUUGGAGCAUGGGAUCAUAAGAGCGGGGACAAUCUUAAUUUUUCCAUGGUAUUCUCCCAAGCUCGUGCAAACAAGAAGCAGCAUAGACACAACCUAGCACAACACAGCCCAGGAAAUGAGCAAGACAUGCUUGGCAAGCACCAAGAGGUCUCACCAAGGAUAAAAAGUAGUUCUACUCCAGUGCCUCAAGUUGGAGCAUGGGAUUCAAAGACUAAGGGCAAUCCUGAUAAUUACGCGAUGUCCCCCAAAGCUCGUGCCAACAAGAAGCCACAUAAACUUGAUAUUACACACCGAAGCCUAGGAAAUGAGCAAGAACUUGGGAAGCACCAAGAGGUUUCACCAAUGGUUCGUCCAAAGUCUGUUCCUCAAUUUGGAGAGUCGGAUCAAAAGAGUGGGGGUAGUCCUGAUUACUCGAAAGUGUCCCCUCAAGCUCGUGCCAACAAGAAGCAACAUAAGCAUGAUUCAGCACACCGCAGCUUGGGAAAUGAACAAGAGCUUGGCAAGCGCCAUGAGGUUUCACCCAGGAAAAAUACUCCUAUGGCAGAGCGUCAUUAUGUAGCUUGGGAUCAGAAGACUGGGAAGAGUCCAAAUUAUCCCACGGGGUUGUCCCAUGAUUGUGCCAAAAAGAAGCAGCAUAGACAUGGUUUAGCACGCCACAGCCUGGGAACUGAGCAAGAGCUUGGCAAACACCGAGAUGUUUCACCUAUGAAAACUGGUUGGAUGUCUGUACCUCAAUUUGGAGAGUGGGAGAAAAAGACUCCGAGUGAGACCAAUUAUUCUGUGGUGUUCUCACAAGCGCGCGCCAACAGAAAGAAGCACAAGAGUGAUUUAACUCAUCGUAGCUAUGACUUUGAGCAGGAUCUUCUAUCCAGGGAGCGAGAGAAAUCUGCCACGAGGAAAAAGAAGAAGUUCCUGAACUACCUUGGUUGCUGUCUUCCUGUAUGAUGCCGUGGUUUUUAGUGUGAGCGACGACCCCCUUUGUAGCAAUCUUGAACUGACUAUUUCUCUCCUGUAUUCAUAAAUGAAAGCAUGAGAGAGUUUUAUCAUUUUCCAUCAGAGUAUGUAUUCAUCCAAGCCUCUUGCUUGGAGUAAAAAUCAAGAAAAUUUAGCAAUGUUAUAAUC